GAGGCAGCCUGGGAAGCAGCGCCAUAUUGGCGGCGGCCGCGCUGUAUUGUCAUAAAUAGAGCCGGUUUUGUGGUGUUUUCACUACUCGGUUGAAUGCCUCGGCCGUAGUGAGUGGGGAAGUGAGCGAGCAAGCGAGCUGCAAGCGAGCUGCAAAGGGAAGUGGACAGAGGAAGGAAGAGAGGGCAAGAACAGGAUCCCAGAGCGAAAGACACUCGCUGGAGAGAGACGCAGGAAGCGAUGAAAGAGAUGUCUGCAAACACCAUGCUGGACAGCCAGCGUCAACAAAAGCAUUAUGGAAUUACCUCUCCUAUUAGUUUGGCAUGUCCUAAGGAAAUUGAUCAUAUUUAUACACAGAAAUUAAUUGAUGCCAUGAAACCAUUUGGAGUAUUUGAAGAUGAGGAAGAAUUGAACCACAGGCUGGUUGUUCUUGGUAAAUUAAACAAUUUAGUGAAAGAAUGGAUUUCUGACAUCAGUGAAAGUAAGAAUCUACCCCCUUCUGUUGUGGCUACUGUUGGUGGUAAAAUUUUCACAUUUGGAUCUUAUAGGCUUGGAGUACACACCAAAGGAGCUGAUAUUGAUGCACUCUGUGUAGCCCCAAGACAUGUGGAGAGAUCAGAUUUUUUUCAAUCUUUUUUUGAAAAAUUGAAACAUCAAGAUGGCAUUAGAAACUUAAGAGCUGUAGAAGAUGCCUUUGUGCCUGUUAUAAAAUUUGAAUUUGAUGGUAUUGAAAUUGAUCUAGUCUUUGCAAGACUGGCAAUACAAACCAUAUCAGAUAAUUUAGAUCUAAGAGAUGACUCUCGCCUAAGAAGCCUUGAUAUACGGUGUAUCCGCAGCUUAAAUGGGUGUAGAGUUACUGAUGAAAUUUUGCACUUAGUGCCAAAUAAAGAAACCUUUAGACUCACCCUAAGAGCAGUCAAAUUAUGGGCAAAACGUCGUGGUAUUUAUUCCAAUAUGCUGGGAUUCCUUGGUGGAGUCUCCUGGGCAAUGCUAGUUGCCAGAACUUGCCAACUGUAUCCAAAUGCAGCAGCUUCAACUUUAGUUCACAAGUUUUUUUUAGUUUUUUCCAAGUGGGAAUGGCCAAAUCCUGUGCUGUUGAAGCAACCAGAAGAAAGCAACUUGAAUUUGCCUGUCUGGGAUCCUCGGGUAAAUCCAUCAGAUAGAUAUCAUCUUAUGCCCAUAAUUACCCCUGCAUACCCACAACAGAAUUCUACAUAUAAUGUGUCUACAUCUACUCGAACAGUAAUGGUAGAAGAAUUUAAACAAGGUCUUGCAGUUACGGAUGAAAUUCUUCAAGGGAAAUCAGACUGGUCCAAACUAUUAGAGCCACCAAAUUUCUUUCAAAAAUACAGGCAUUAUAUAGUAUUGACUGCCAGUGCAUCAACGGAAGAAAACCAUCUAGAAUGGGUUGGAUUAGUGGAAUCUAAAAUCCGUGUGCUUGUUGGAAACUUGGAACGUAAUGAAUUUAUUACUCUUGCCCAUGUGAAUCCCCAGUCAUUCCCAGGAAACAAAGAACAUCAUAAAGCCAACAAUUACGUAUCAAUGUGGUUCCUCGGAAUAAUUUUUCGGAGAGUAGAAAAUGCAGAAAGUGUUAACAUAGACUUGACAUAUGAUAUACAGUCAUUUACUGAUACAGUGUACAGGCAGGCAAACAAUAUAAAUAUGUUAAAGGAUGGAAUGAAAAUUGAAGCAACUCAUGUAAAGAAAAAACAACUUCAUCAUUAUCUACCUGCAGAGAUUCUUCAGAAGAAGAAAAAGAGUCUUUCUGAUGUAAGCCGGAGUUCAGGUGGCCUUCAGUCCAAAAGAUCAUCUCUGGAUAGCAGCUGUCUGGAUAGCUCUAGAGACACCGAUAGUGGGACACCUUUUCACUCGCCAGUGUCUACAAAUAAGUCUUCCAACCCAGACAGCCCUGCGGGAGAAGUAGAAAGGAAUAGCACUGAGCCUGCGACUGUAGUUGUAGAGAAGCUACCACGUGUCCCCCCAGCUCAAGGGCUGUCUAUUCCAGUCAUUGGUGCAGAGGUUGAUCCUACAGCGAAAGCUGCAUCCUCCCCACCUGUAUGUACCAUUCCUACUGUAGUAGGACGUAACGUUAUUCCGAGAGUCACAACACCUCACAACCCUGUCCAGGGACAACCACAUCUAAAUGGACUCUCUAAUAUAAGUAAGAAUGUUACACCCAAAAGAUCCCAUUCGCCCCCUACAGAUGGGACUUCAAAGAGGUUGAAAGACAUAGAAAAGUUUAUUCGACUUGAGUCAGCAUUUAAAGACUCCCGUGCUGCCGAGGAUAGGAAAAGAAAACCAAUGGAUGCCAUUGGUGGAGAAUCUAUGCCCAUUCCAACUAUUGAUACAUCACGGAAAAAGAGACUACCCAGUAAAGAACUGCCAGAUUCAUCAUCUCCAGUUCCAGCAAGCAACAUCCGUGUCAUUAAAAACUCCAUCCGACUGACUCUUAACCGGUAAUAGCAGUGCCUCUUCACUUGGUGACCAUGUAGUCACACAGUGGCAUAGACGGCAUGACAGUUCCCGUCAACAGCCUCAUGACCUUGGAGUGGUUUUUGAACUCUCACAUUUGACCUUGAGAUGCUGUGGCAUUCUCACUGAUUGCUACGUGCCCUCUGAGGUUCACCUGCUAGUAAAUGUCACCUACAGUAUUAUGGCUUUGCAUUUUGAGGUUUUACUGCCUUAACUUUUGAUGUUUGUUUCUCUGUCAUGGGAACCAGUUCUUGGCCACUUGGACUUUGAUAAAACAAGCCCUGAACUGUUUUUGUUUGUUUGUUUGUUUGUUUCGUUUGGUUGGUUGGUUUUUUGUUGUUGUUGUUGUUGUUGUUGAAGUCUUAUGUUGUAGUCAUUGUAUAGAGCUGAAAAAGUUAAAACAACAAAAAAAAACCUGUCUUGUAAUUUUCCAAAUGUUUGUAUGUUUACUUUAGCAUUGAAGCCACUUUGUAAAGCCCGAGGUUAAUGAAUGUGAGAUAUGUUUCUUCUUCUUUCGUUUGUGCAGAUGUCUAUUUUGUUAAUUUAUUUUUUUCAGAUUGGCACAUAAAUAUUUAAACUAUUUUUUGUGCUUUUGUCCAGAUGUUGCAUAGUUUCCAGGGAGGACUAGUCCAGUGAUUACACAAGAGUUGGGCACCAUAAAUUCUCAGUAUUUUGCCUCCCAUGGAGGUCUUCAAAAUGCAUCUUUAUUAAAAAUCAGACUAUAACCAGGAUACUGAAAGUCAGUAUAUGAAUGGUGAAAUUGUUACAUGUCUUACUAUCUCAUGACAUUCUUGUUAGCUGAUUGGUAUUUUUUACAAAGGAAGAAUUCAUCCCACCAUCAAUGAUAAGAUACAUUUAAGUAUGGCAGACUUGUAUUUUUGAAGUAUAAAAUUAACUCAGCAUGGUAAUCCCUCACCAUAACUUCCAGCAGUCUCCUCAUGGAUUAGGCAUGCAGAAUAAGCAGUGGAUUUUAUUGAAACCUCAAAGCAUUUUUGAAUGACAUUGUUACCCACCAUUAAUUGGCUCAGGACCUUUGUAGCUUUAUUUAACUAUAUGAGUUGUCUUUUUUUACACUGCUUUUUUCAGUGCAUUUCUUAAUAUUUUUUAAGUUUCAUGAAUGCAUGCUCAGUUUAUUAAAAGUCCACAACCAUGUAAUUCUUGUAAUCUGUUGACUCCGUGUUUUGUAAAUGAAGUCGUAUGUAUUUUCAGAGUAUUUUUGUAUGUACUGUAAGAUAUCAUCUUUUCAAAGAGAAACUUUAAAACCGUUA